CUUAAAAUUUUAUAAAUUAUUCAUUAGUCCAACAACUUGCACAAUUUAUUAGAUCAUGGAAGACUGCCUCUUUGUCAUAGAAAUUUUGUUCAGAUAGCCUUCCUUAGGAGUAACGCUCUCUCUUAUAGAGAAUUUUUCGAUGUCUCUGGAGAGAUCACUGAAGUUUGAUCUGCUCUUGAUUUUUUGUGUAAUCAUUGUGGAGAGUUUGAGUAGUCGCCGGUUCCUCUUAAUUUCUAAUUCUUUGCUCUUUGAUAGUAAAGUACUCAAUUUUGAAUUAGUUUGUCUUAUUUCUUCUUUUAUGCUCUGUUUUUCUCUUUUUAAUUCUUUUCUCUUUUUCUUCUCUUUUAUCAAGAAUUUUUUAUAUUUUUUAAGUUCUUCCUCUCAGGAUUCCUUUUUGAUUUCUAGCUUAAUCAUAUCCACUUUGCCUUUGACUUUUAAAUCCUGAUAAAUUUCUUCAACUAGUCCGAGUACCUUAUUUUUUACCACUAAUUUGAAUAUCCUUAUACCCAACUUGCAACUCAAGACUAUUCUUGAUAGCCUUGAGUUCAUCAGAAGACAAAAACCACGUACUCCCUCUAUUAGCAAGUUUGGACAUAUUUACAAUAAAAUUG